UUGUAACUAGCCUAAAAUAAUCUAACGCGUGGGUACGUGUGGCGGUGCGAGCGUGCCGCCCCAGAAGGGAAGCCGCUCCCAGCAAGUGUUAAAGUGGCUCCUGCCCCAGUUCUAGCCGUUUCGCUUACCUGUGUGUCUCAGGGUGAGGCGGUGGUUACUUCGCAUUGUAGCUUAUGCUGGUUUAACCAGGCUCUUAGUGGAGAUAGGAGGAGUUGGCAGUGGAGAGCUUACGGACGCUUACAUUUGGAGCCCAGAGCUCUGUCCCAGUAGGACAGUUUUGGGAGACGUGGUAACUUCUGCCAAAGACUGUUCCAGUUGCUGUAAGGUUUGAAUCCCAGAGCAUAAACUGCACCAGGCUCUUCCUCAAGUGUUGGAAGCCAAACUGUGUGUGACUCAGGCAAGGGAACUGUGGCAAGCUAAGGAGGCCAUAUGUCAUGUAAUUUCCAGAUCUCAUGUCAACACCAAGCCCUCAGCUGCUGGUGGCAGCUGCUCAGCAGACUCUGGGCAUGGGAAAGAGAAAAAGCCCACCUCGAGCUACCUGCCUUCACCUGGCAGGAGAGGUGCUGGCUGUGGCCCGCGGGCUGAAGCCAGCUAUACUCUAUGAUUGCAACUCUGCAGGAGUAUCAGCGCUCCAAAGCUAUCUGGAGGAACUACAGGGGCUGGGGGUCCUGAAGCCAGGACUUCACAUUCUUGAGGUUGGAGAGAAUAACCUCAUCGUCAGUCCUGAACAUGCCUGUUGGCAUUUGGAACAGACACUGCUUGGUACCGUAACUUUCGUGGAUGUUUCCUGCACCCAGCCUCAUCCUUCUGUCCGGUCCUUGGACCAGCUUCCGGGCUUCAAAUCUCUCAUAGCUGACAUCAUCACACAUUUUCAAGGACUGCAGAAGGAUGUGUCUCCGGGAGUCUCCUACAGCAAGCUGCAUUCCUCAGACUGGAAUCUCUGCACUGUAUUUGGGGUACUCCUGGGCUAUCCUGUCUCUUACACAUUUGACCUGAACCAUGGAGAUGGCAACUGCUUAACCAUGACUCCCCUGCGGGUGUUUACUGCCCAGAUUUCAUGGCUGCCUGGCCAGCCUCCAAUUCUGCUGUACUCCUUUAGUGUUCCAGAGAGUUUGUUCCCAGACCUGAGGAAUUUUCUAAGUGCCUGGGAGAAGGAACUCAGAACCCGAUUUAGGACUCAGAAUGCCUUUGCUGACCUCAGCAUCUCCUCUGAGGUGAUUACACUUCCUGCUGUGGCCCUCUGAGUUAACUCUGCCCGGUUGAGAAGGUAUCAGUGAAUGGUUAUCUCUGGGUGGAAGAUGUCAAUUAGGAUCAUUGUAAGUGCCUCGGGAAGGAUGUUGUGCAAUCAGUUGACCACAUACGUGAAUGGGGAUUGUUGAUGGCGGCAGUAGUAUGAUUUCCACCUUUAUAUUAGGAGUUCCUAGGUCCUUAGCAGAGGUACUUGUUUGUUUUUCAUUGAAUAAGAGAUAGAAGAGCAGGAAAAGGAGUGUUGUGGAAACGUAAGCAGGAUACCCUUGGAUGGUGGCCGCCCCUGGUGGACAGUCAGUACCUUAGAGGGAAGGAGAGUGACUAGGUAAUUUGCAUGUUUAUGGAACUCUAACUGAAUUAGGGCAUGAGACAGUGAUGUUCAAGUGUCACACUUGUGGUUUAUUUCUCAGGAACAGACACUUCUAAAGAGUAGUCUUGUGAAAUAAGAUUUAUUUACAGCAUGGUUGUUAGUAUUCUGU